CACAUAUCUUACCAUGUCAUGCUAAUUAGGGUUUUUUUUUUUCUUUUCCAGUUUCGAUCUCUCUUGGUACAAAAUGGGAAAGAUCCAUGACAUACAUUAACACUGCUGAAUUUUCUACCCUCUCAAAGAUAUGAAGACAAUGUCUAUUAGGAUACAACAAAUUCCAGUAGUGCUAAUUUUAGCUCAAUCAUAUGGCGGAUUCACUAUUUUUAUCCAAAUUUAUUAGCUUUGUCCUUUAACCCAAAACAAAACAAAAAAACACCUAAGAAAGAGAAAAAUCUAUAGCAAAAUUAGGUUAAUCUUCGUGCUUUCCACUAAUCUCCCUUUUCUUUCUCCAAAUCGUUUCGGCCGGGCAAAUUUUUGUUGAUUAAUAUCAAAAACUAAUCAGAAAAACAAAGAGAGGGAGGAGAGAGACACACACAACGAUGCCUCCUCCUCCUCCUCCUCCUCCUCCGGAAGAACAAACCCAACCCAAACCCGACUCGAGUCCGGGUCAAACCUCCGAACGCGAUACCCAACCACCACCGGUACCAGGUCCUCCACCACAUUCUCAACCGCCUCCACCGCAAACGUACCCGCCAGUAAUGGGCUAUCCAGACUUCCACCAAGCCCCUCCAUACCCAAAUUAUCCAAACGCACCUUACCAACAACAACAACAAUACCCUUACGCUCAAGCCCCACCCGCUUCAUAUUACGGGUCAUCUUACCCUCCUCAGCAAAAUCCGGUUUACCAAAGACCCGCUUCAUCCGGUUUUUUCAGAGGUAUUGUCACCGGUUUAGUCGUUUUAGUCGUCCUCUUCUGCAUUUCCACAACAAUAACAUGGCUCAUCCUCCGUCCUCAAAUCCCGGUUUUCUCCCUAAACAAUUUCUCAGUUUCCAAUUUCAACGUAACCGGUCCGGUUUUCUCCCCGCAAUGGACGGCCAACCUCACGAUCGAGAACCAAAACACGAAACUAAAAGGCUACUUCGAUCGAAUCCAAGGCUUAGUCUACCACCAAAACGCGAUCGGAGAAGACGAUUUUUUAGCGACCGCGUUUUUUCAACCGGUUUUCGUGGAGACCAAGAAAUCGGCUGCGAUAGGUGAAACGUUGACAGCGGGAGAGAAAGAACAGCCUAAAAUACCGAGCUGGGUUGUGGAUGAGAUGAAGAAAGAGAGAGAGACCGGAACGGUGACGUUUAACCUGAGGAUGGCUGUUUGGGUUACGUUUAAGACAGAUGGUUGGGUGGCGCGGGAGAGAGGGCUUAAGGUGUUUUGUGGGAAAUUAAAAGUUGGGUUUGAAGGUGCUUCCGAAAACGGUGCCGUUUUGUUGCCUAAGCCUCUUCCUUGUUUGGUUUACGUUUCAUAAUUCUUUUUCUUGUUCCUCUCUCUCUUUUUCUAUGGAUACGAUAAAUUUCUUUUUAAAAUUCUUGUACGUGUUGAAUGUGAUUACUAUACAAAUUCAGAGAACAAACUCUUAUGCUAAAGUUUUUUGAAGAGAAAAAAAGAAAGAAUUAGA